UAAGGCUGUUUUGGCUAGAAGCGUAGGCUUAAUUUUGUUUCUGGAGGGGGGAGGGAGGGGGGAAGAAAUGCACUGCUCUGUUUUCUUUCAUAUUCUUUCCAUUUGUUGAUGGGAAUGAUAUAUUAUUUUUAGGAUUUGGGGGGCAUCCCCCUCACCCCCCUCUUCAUCCCUCUCACCAUAACCUCCCCCUCUUCACCACUUCCCCCUCUUCACCACUUCCCCCUCUUCACAACCUCCUCUCUCUCCAUCACCUCCUCCCCACUACCUUCUUCCCCUUCUCCUCCUUUCCUCUCCUCUCCCCUCCCCCUCAUUUCCUCCCCUCCCCCCCUACCUACACUCCUGGAAUGGACUAAAUGUGUUAAGUAUUCUGUUGUGACAUGCAUAUUUUGCAAUGUUUCCUGGUUUUCAGACAGUAGACUUUUUCAGACAAUGAGCUAGAAUUUUUUUUCUUGCAUCAUUUGUUUGUGAUGUAGGGAGUGAAAAAACACGCAAUUUGCUACAACACACCGAGAUGGUGCAGUGUUUGUAUGGCUCUGUAGAUCAUGGAGGGACGCGAGGUAAAUUACAGGUCAAAAUCACGUUGGACAACUUACCAACAGUUGUGAAUAAACCACAGAAAAGGUUGGUUGUCUGAACGAUAAUGUUUUUAAUGUGGCUCUUCCUCUCAGCAUGUACUAAGUCAAUGCAUACAAAUCUUCUGAAUGAUUAAAAAAAAUACUCUAUUCUGUUGAGGUUCAUAAACCCCAUAUUUGAUUUACGUAAAUAGAUAAAUAAGAUAAUUCUGAAACCACCACUGUGUUAAGCACGUUAGUCUGUCAAUAACUGUUCCAAAAUUAUAUCAAUAUUAUUUUCUAAAUAAUUAAACAAAUCAAAUGAACAUUAAUGCUUUUUUGGUGUGAGUGGGUGUACAUAGUUAACAUAAAACAGUAUGUACCUUCCUAGAGGUGAACUUGAUUCAUUACAUUGUUUAGAAUAGCUAUAGUGUUAGUGUUUGAAUGUUGAGUUGUCAAAGACUAUCAUGAGAAAUUUGUAUAUUGAUCUAAGCAGGUUUUUAACAAUUUCCUGACUAGGAUGGACAAUACUUAGUAUUUGUUGAAUAGUAAACUGGAAUGCACAUUCACCAUCUUACCACAACUUAAUUUUUGUGGCUUCGUUCUUACCUUAGUGUCAGUUGCCGUACAAGAAUCCAUAAUCUGUUGAUUUUGCAGUAUUGGCUGGAUGAAAUAAUUUUUUUAGUAUAAAAUUCUUAACACUGACUGACAGACAACGCACAGCUUAAACCGGUGGGUAUAGAUGCAUGAAAUUUUGCAUAGGAGUUCCUUGUACAACAUAAGUGAGCACUGUAAGGAUUUUGGAAAAUUCAUCCCCUAAGGGGGUUAAACAGGGGUUUAAAGUUUGUUUGGAAGUGUCAUGUUUGAAGUAAGAAAUAUGGGAAUUGGUGCUUAGGCUUCAUUUAUAAAUAAAAGAUAGUUGUAUCAGUGUUGGUAAUUCAUUGAAAAUGAGGAUCAAAUACUUUCUCAUCGGGCACACAGCUAGUGCAAGAAUAAAUCUCAAAACUGGAAAAAUCGGAGUGUCGAUCAAAAAACAAUACCUUAUAAUUUUAUUUUAAUUGUGAAGUUUUUUUUAUACCUUGAAAUUUUUUACAUGGAAUAUUGGGACGUUAAAACAAAAUUUGUAAAUGCCCUGGGCUCUUCCUUCAUCAAGAUGGAUGGUUGAAAGCAGCACAGUAAGAUCCAUGUUGACAGAAUGGUGACAUGUUUACUGCGUCCCGUCUUGUCUUUUCCUGAGCCGCCUCUCUUGCGUGAGCCACGACCCCCCUUCCCGCCGCUGCUGCCAGAUAAGCAGUCGCAAGGUUACCUGCGUCGUUUCCGCCAGCAGCACACGUCCCUGUGAGAGGCCUGGAAACUGGAAAAUACACAUCGGUUCCCGGGCACUUUCACAGGAAUGACUAAAUAUUUUAUACGAGAUAACACAGGAAGAAUAAAUGGCAAGCCAGUUGACUUUGAAGAUGCUGUUAUACUUGCUGGUUAUGGCAAAUUCCAACGCCGGCUAUUGUUCAUAAGUGGACUGUGUCUUAUGGCUGUCACCAUUGAACUCAUGAACAUUGGCUAUGUUCUGCCUGCUGCUCACUGUGACCUUGAGCUGACCAGCGUGAACAAGGGAAUAAUUAAUGCGGUGAUUUUUGUAGGCAUGAUGGUGUCGUCGCAUGCGUGGGGGCUCCUGGCGGACACGAGGGGACGCAAGUACAUCAUCAUCCUGGCGUUGCUGCUCAACUAUCUCUGCACCAUCGCGUCCAGCUUUUCUUUCUCCAUUUGGAUGCUGCUUGUGUUGAGGUUCUUGAACGGUGUCUUCAUUUGUUGUCCGGCUGCUGUGAUGUAUGCCUACCUGGGCGAGUUCCACUCCGGAGUGACCCAGACAAGGGCUAUUGUGAGUGCACACGCCUUCACGUCACUGGGAGCAGUUGUUUUACCAGGCCUGGCGUGGCUGGUGAUCCCCCAGCCGUGGAGCUACCAGACGUCGCACUACACGUACAGCUCCUGGAGGCUGUUCCAGCUGAUGUGCGUGGUGCCCGGCCUGGUGAGCGCCGCGCUGGUGCUCUUCCGACUGCCGGAGUCGCCCAGGUUCCUGCUGGCACGCGGCCGACCCCGCGACGCCCUGCGCGUGCUGCAGCGCGUCUUCACGGACAACUCUGGCUGCCGGGCCGACCAGUACCCGGUCACAGCACUGUUACCAGACCCUCAACGCAGCAUCUGCCGAUCAACCGGUGACGGCUCCAAGCCGAUGUUUGUCCGGUACAUGUGGAACCAGACCUGGCCUCUGUUCGUUUCACCGCACCUCACCAACAUCAUGCUCUUGAGUUUGCUGCAGUUCGGACUGUUUGUGUGUGAAAGCGGGCUGCUAUGGAUGCCUGGCUUGUUCAGCCAGCUCGCCCAGUUUUCCUCGCGCAACCCGGAGGCUUGGUACGCAACGUGCGACAUGGUCCAGCAGAUGCGAGACACGUCCAACGAGACGGGGAUCAGCCAAGCGGUGCUGACCUGCAGCUCUACUCUGGCAGACGACGUGUAUCGCUACACGCUGAUCAUGGCGGGCGCGGCCACUGUGGCGUGCAUUCUUGCCGUUCGCAUCAUCGACCUGUUGGGAAAGAAACUAGUGCUGUUCACAAGCCUGUUGGUGUGCGGCAGUGCCGGCAUUGCCAUGCACUUUGCGUCGGACACCCGGCACAUCGUGGCGCUGGGCUGCGUCUUUGCAGCGCUGUCGUCAACGAGUGUCGGUGUGGUGAGCAGCACGGCCGUGCAGGUGUUCCCAACCAAUCUCAGAGCCAUGGCAUUGUGCAUCUCACUGAUGAUGGGGCGCCUCGCAACACUGGCAUCUUCAGUCUUGAUGGAGUUCAUCUUAGAGGCCGACUGCAAUUACCUGUUCUUCGCUCUCGGAGGAACUGCAAUUAUUUGUGGUUUCCUCUCACUUCUUCUACCUGCCCAUUCGACGUCUCUGCCUCCAACACUGAUGACAUGAAGCACAGAUCUGAUAACUCGUCGCUUGAACAUGGACACUAUUCUGCUUGGACGUAGCCCUCUUGACUUUGUGACAGGUGAGUCCAGCAAUGUUAAGACCAUUAUAAAUAACAAGAAAAUGUUACUGCAAGAAGACAACAGCGAUUGGACAGAGCAGCACAUUGGAAGAUGGCAAUAAGAGUGUCUCUUGAAAAUAUUCUGAAAAGCUGUUGUUAUAAGUUUGGAUUUCAUGUGAAAAUCAUUCUUAGCUUGAGCUGUGUGAUUUUGAUGUAUUACAGCUUCUACUUCUGGCAUGUUAUUUUACCCGUAUUUACUGUUAAUCUUUUAAGUGUUGAGAUUUUAUCAAUACGUACUUAAUUUUUACCUUUCAAUUAUUAUUUUGUAUUAUAACCAUUUAUUGAAGUAAUCUGAGUAAAAAUGAUCAAAGUUGUGAUUUCCAUAAGAAUAAUGCCUUGUAACUUGUUCAGGAAGUGUGUGAAUAUGACGUAAGUGGGUAGUGUGUGGUGAAGGUGAAAGUAAUUUCAGGGGUGUAAGGGCUGGUUGACAUAACAAAAAUUAUGCUCUACCAAUACUCAAACCCGUCCCAAACUUCUAGAAAAACAUAUUCCUACGUAAUCUGUUUUAAUUUGGUAUUGAAUUUAUUGUAAUAUUAAUUUAUACUUUUAAUUAUAUCAAUUCCUAUUUGUUUAGCAUGAAAUUUUACUUUUGAACCUUUUUUUCUUCCAUUUUUGUCAAGUUUUUUAAAAUAAAUAUUUAACAGAAUUUAAUACUUUUUCACUUACAACUGAAAGAAAUUUACCGUAUAAACCCAUGUACCACCCGCCCCCGGGUAAGACCUGCACCCUUAUUUUUAGAAUGCCAUGGUGGGAAAAAAUGUUUUUAUUGGAAAUCUGCAGGGAAAAAAAAAGUCGUGAUUUAUUUUCCUUUCAAACAGUAACAAAACGUAAAGAAUUACCAAAAAAAGUACUAUGCUACUUAUUACAGCCUCGGCAUUUUUGUUAAAAGUGUACAGAAGGCAGGCAACUACAAUGUGGCAACAUCGCGCGAGUAAAACGUGGCAUCGGCGCGCGCGAUCGAUAACAACACGCUGUGUGUGCGCGUGACCUUGCCUAGCUCCCAGCUGUUUACAGUUACAAUCUUCCGCGUCCAUUAUCGUGCGCUGGGCAAUGACCUCGUUCAAACAAAUAAACAUGCAUAAUAAAAAACCUUGUGCCUGAAUGUGGCAUAUUCUACAUAAAAAUAUAAAUUAGGUUAACACAAAUACAAAAUUUAUUUAGGCUUAAAUAAAAGUGACGUACAAAAUCACACAGAUAAUAAAAUUAACAAAAGAAUAACAUGAUGUCACAGCCGUCGGCCAAGAAUGGACUUAAACUUCCUCACAGCUGUACGUAGUCGUAGAGUUUUUCUUCUAUCUUCGUAAACUUUGCUACCGCACCACGUCUAUCGCCACUGGCCGAAAGCAGUUUGUCUUUACUUUUCCUCCAAUCCCUCACACAUGAUUCGUCGACAUCAUAUUUUCGCCCAGCGGCAUGGUUACCGAUUUCUUCCGCUUCACUGAUUAUUUUUAAUUUUUCUACAACUGUGAAAGAACGCAACUUUUUACGAUUCAUUACAAUACUUGCAGCCAACGCACGUGUAAAACCACAGGGUACUUUGCAAAUGAGGAUAGGACAGUGAGUGGGAGCGCGCGUUUGUAACCAGUAAAGUUGCAGUGUGACAACGCUGUGAGGAAUGUGACCUUGACUGUCUGCUGCUUCCUUCCCAUCCUUUUCCCCUACCCCUCUUGCCUAUCGCAGCAACCUCCAGUCGCGCUGGCGUUAUUUCGUCACAGUGCAAAAAUGGCCCAAGACCCAUGUAACACCCGCACCCUACUUUUUCAAACCUGAUUUUUUUUAAAAAAGGUGCGGGUGGUACGUGGGUUUAUACGGUAUAAUGUUAGACAUGUAAAUAGAAUGUUUAAUAAGAGAAAUAGCUUUUUAAGUAUCAAAUCAAAAGUUUGGGUUUAUAUUGUAAUUUUUUUAAUCACUUGGUUUUUAUUCAAAUUCAAGAUGGCAUCCAACGAAUCAGAUAGGAAAAAUAAAAAUUUUCCAAGCACAAUUUAAGUUUCUACAAGAAUGCAAUUGUUGUAGUUGUAUCAAGGUCAUUUAUGUCCACCUAGACAAAUGCUUGGUUCAAGGUCACAAGAGAAUCUGAAGCCACAGCCUGCAGCCUGUACCAGAAUCUAGUUUCAAUUUUUCACUUCGCUUUUAUUUUGAAAGGAACAAAUGAACAAAAUGAACCUCAAGUCUUAUCAAGAUCAUUAAAUCGAUGAGCAAUGAAGGGUGAAGUGAUGUGGAUGGAGUGGUGAUGGAAAGAAUGGUUGUGAGAAACAGUAGUAGCACCCCAAGAAAACUCAUCGGCUGGCAGCAAGGUCUGCCAUUUCUCCCACUUGUGAAAAGUCUGGGUUCUACCCAGCCAGCAGUUGAACUCACGUCACUUUGGUGGGGUCUGACCUCUUAACCACUGUGGUCUGUACAAAAAAUAUAAUGUGAAGUCUCAUUUCCGAAUACCGGCGAACGCAGCAAGCGAUGCAUGCAGCGCGAGCAAUUUGAAUUGUUAAUUCUUCAUUGCAAAUAUAAGCAUGUUCAGUUUCCGGAGAAGAGAAAACAGAAGUGCUUCGCGGGGUCCACAGCACCCCAGGGCUCACUUGAGCACCCCUGGUCUAUUGUAUUUUAGUUUUUACCUAGAAGAGGCGGCAAGCCACUCUUUGUCAGUUCCUUCUAUAAAAACUAUCACUCAAAUUACCUUUCAAACUGUGUGGGGCUGAGGGAACAUAGAAGGUGCAUUUAUUGCUGCAGAUUAGUCACAGAAUGUUCCGCUGAAAGCAUGGGAACUCUCAUGCAAAAACAAUGAUUGGGCACAGUUGCACCAUAAACACCGGUAAAGAUAGACACGUGGCCUCACUCACACACAAUUUUGCUCUCUCUCUCUCUCUCUCUCUCUCUCUCUCUCUCUCUCUCUCUCUCUCUCUCUCUCUGUUAUUUAUUUUUAUUUAUUUUUUAUUUUUUCCACUCCAUUGUUCAGAACAUGGCACAUGUGCAGUGCUCACGAUGCUUCCAACUGCUGAGAUAUUUCGGUUAAACAAAUCAUCCUUACCCAUGGAGUUAUAUUGAUUAAAAACCAACAUAGGUUAGCUAUUUGCGUACAUAUUCAACCACACAGUGCAGCAUUAUUAUCAUUAAACCGAAAGUCAAACACUCGCUUAGGGAUUGCACUACAUUUAUUUAAACUACAAUUGGCACGAAAAAAAAAUGUGCCUCAUACAUGGAUAACAUCUUGUGGAAUUGCAGGACCCUGACCACCCCAGCUUUUAUAAGUUUUCUUCGAAAGGCAUUUUUUUUUUGUCAUUCAAAUGGAUCAGGUGACCUGGUUUUUCAUGUAGGUUUUUUUUUUUUUUUUUUUUUUAAGUUUUAAUAUUUUUGUAAUAAAUUUAAUUUAGAAAAAGCCAUUUAAAUAUUUAAAUACAUUUGACUGGUUUUUACAUUGUCUGCUAGUUUAGCAUUUGUAUUUAUGUAAAUGUAUUUUUCAGUAGGUAUUUUAUUUAACUUAAAAUGUUGUUUUGAUGCCUAUAUUUUACGUUGUUAUUCAUUUAGAAGAUUUAAUUGGAUUUUUAGAACAUUGGAUAUUUAGUUGAUGAAAGAAAGGACUAAAAACAGCCGUGCGACACAGCGACGCCUAAUUUCUAGAUAAUCAGUUACACAGACAUUCUGGUGCUUUCUAUAAGUAUUCUUGUAAUGGGGGAAAUGGCAGAUUUUAGCUUCCAUGAGACACAGUAAACUUAGCAGGUUAUUGUCACAGCAAAUCAGAGAAGACUUUGUAAUAUGUUUGUUCUUUACAGAAAUGCCUAGAUUCAAAAGUAAUGUACGUUAUGUAGUGUUGUGCCUUUGAACGUAUAAGAUUUGUUGUGAUUUUUUGA